AUGCCUGGGGCACUCACCCCACAGGAGCACCCCACCUUCCUGGCCAUCCCCGUGCCCCCAGCCAUCCAGGCUGGCUGUCACUCACUGCUGUGGCCACCGCUCCCCUGCGUGGCGGCUCUUCGGAUGCAGAGGAAGGAAGAAAGGUCACAGCUCGUCCCCACGAGUAGGUGGCCCUUGAGCCGCCACGCAGGGGAGCGGUGGCCACAGCAGCGAGUGACAACCAGCCUGGAUGGCCAGGGACACGGGGAUGGCCGGGAAGCACAGACCCUCGGCCUUGCUGGCGCCCAGACCACCCAGCUCCUGGUGGAGCCCCCCUGGACACCAGCAGUGCUGUGGGACCGGGUGACACUGACCUGCCACGGCUUGGGGGCCGCCAGUGCCACCACCUGGUACAGGGAUGGGCAGCAAUGGGGGCAGAACAGACGAGACCAUGUCACUGUCACCGAGCGUGGCAGCUACAGCUGUGACAGACCUGGCAGUGGGCUCAGCCCCCCCGUGAGAGUUUUAAAUGAUACGCUGGUGCUGCAGGUGCCAGCACUGACGCUGCUGGAGGGGGACACGGUGACAUUGCGCUGCCGGGCCAGGCACAACCUGUUGAUCAGCAGGGUGAGAUUUUACCAGGAUGAGAAGGAUCCAGAGGGGUCCUUCAAUGGGACCGAGCUGUCCCUAUCCCCUCUGCAGCUGCACCACAGUGGCUGCUACCGCUGCCAUAGCUGGGUGAACUCCGAGCCAUCGGUGUGGGCACAGUCAGCGCCGGUGACAGUGACAGUGCACGAGCUCUUCUCGGUGCCGGUGCUGCAGGGUCCCCCUGAAGUCACUGAGGGGUCCCCCCUGACUCUCAGCUGCCUCAGCAACCCCAGCCCCCUGGAGCACCGAGCCCCCCUCCUGCACCUCUUCUACCGGGACAGGCUGUUGGUGGGGGGCCCGCAGGGGUCCCCGCAGUUCCUGGUGCCUGCUGUGGGGGUCUCCCACUCAGGGAAUUACAGCUGCCAGGUGCAGUCCGAGGGGGGGGCCGUGCGGAAGAAGAGUGCCCAGCUCGGCGUCACGGUGCACAAGGUCCCACCCUCAGGGGUGCCCCUGUCAGCACAGGCCCCUGGGGCAGAGGUGGCACGUGAUCCCCUGGUGCUGAGCUGCACGUUGACAGCAGGGUCAGGUCCCCUGUCCUUCACCUGGCACUGGGGGGCCUUGGGGACACUUCUGGGCACUUUUGCUCACCUGGGGCUGCACCACAUUGGGACAGCAAUCACACCACGGCAGGGCCAGUGACAGGACAGUGUGGCUGAGAGCCCCACAUUGAACGUCACUCUGCUGGUUCCUGUGGCCAAUGCCACCAUCAGCCCCGGUCCCCCGGCACACCAGGUGCGCACAGGUGACCCCGUGACCCUGCGCUGCUCGGUGCAGGUGGACUCAGCCCCUGUCACCUUCACCUGGCUGCACAACGGGCAGGAGGUGGCCCAGGGCCCCGUCCUGGAGCUCAGGGACGUCAAUGUGAAACACUCGGGUACCUACCAGUGCGUGGCCACCAGCCAGCUGAACGGGAACCGCGUGUUCCGGGCACUCAGCCCUGAGCUGGCCUUGGAGGUGACACCACAAAGAAACUGGAACACAGCAGUGGCCACUGGCGUUGGCGGGUCCCUCCUCUUCCUGGUACUGCUCGGGGGUGUAGUUUUCGGCUGGCGCCGGUGGAACCGCAUGGGUGGGGCCCCCCCAGAUCCCCUAGCCCCCCCAGAGGAGGGGGAGGUGCUGUACACCCACGUCAUGAGCACCAAGCAGAUGGGAGUGACCCCCCCCGCCACCACACUCCAGGAUCCCCCGGUGGCCUACGCGGAGCUGCGGGGACCCCACGGGCGACUGCAGGAACUCAGUGACAUCCAUGGGAACGUGCUGUGA